UGGAAUUUGGGGGCGCCGAGGGAGCCCCGGGACCCCCUUCGGCAGCGCGGGAUGGGUGACAGCGACCGCGGAUUGCGCAUUCCCAGCCCCAGGGAGGCUGCGAGGAAGAGGAAGAUGCCCCGGGACACUGAGGCAGAGCAGGAGCUGAGCAUGGAGAGCAGGGAGGACAAAUGCCCACGGCAGAACCUGGUGGAAGAGGCCGUUUUGAGCGGCUCCAUGGUGCAGGAAGCCAACGGGGAGGAAAAGCCCUGGAGAUGCCGCACGAGGAGGGGCUGCAAACGCAGCUGGCGGGGAUCUGAGGGGGAAAGAGCCAGCCUGGGCCAGGAAGGCGGCCGGAGAUGGAGCCAGAGCUUGGAGCUGGUGCUCCAUGAGCAGCUCCAUGAUGGGGAGAAGCCCGACACGUGUGGGGAGUGUGGGAAGAGCUUCAGGUGGAAUUGCGACCUGAUCAGGCACCAGAGGAUCCACACUGGGGAGAAGCCCUACGAGUGUGGGGAGUGUGGGAAGAGCUUCAGCGUGAGCUCCAGCCUGAUCAGGCACCAGAGGAUCCACACUGGGGAGAAGCCCUACGAGUGUGGGGAGUGUGGGAAGAGCUUCAGCGUGAGCUCCAGCCUGAUCAUGCACCAGAGGAUCCACACUGGAGAGAAGCCCUACGAGUGUGGGGAGUGUGGGAAGAGCUUCAGAGAGAGCUCCAACCUGAUCGUGCACCAGAGGACCCACACUGGAGAAAGGCCAUACAAGUGUUCCGAGUGUGGGAUGUGCUUCAGCCAGAGGUUCAACCUGAUCAAGCACCAGAGGACCCACACUGGGGAGAGGCCCCAUGAGUGUUCCAAGUGUGGGAAGAGGUUUCCGACCAGCUCCGAUCUCCUCCGGCACUAUCAGAGUCACAGAGAGGAGAGGCCCUUCCAAUGCCCCGACUGCGGGAAGGGAUUCAAGUGCAACUCCACCCUCAUCAAGCACCAGCGCAUCCACACUGGGGAGCGGCCCUGUGAGUGCGAUAAAUGCAGGAAAAGGUUUCUGACCAGCUCCCAUUUGCCCUAG